AUGCUCCGCACAUCAAUUGUCCGCGCCGCCACGGGCUCUGUGGUUCGAAACCAGGUUCGAUGUGCUUCCACUCAUGCGAUCAGUAAUCCUACUUUGGCCGAUAUCGAGAAGAGGUGGGAGGCUAUGCCGCCGCAGGAACAAGCCGAGCUUUGGAUGAACUUGAGGGAUCGCAUGAAGGUUAAUUGGGCCGAGUUGACUUUACAAGAGAAGAAGGCUGCUUACUACAUUGCCUUUGGCGCCCACGGACCAAGAGCUCAAACUCCCCCAGGAGAAGGAUGGAAGGUCUUUGGAUACACAAUGGGUGGAGUUGGUGUUUCUCUCGCCCUUUUCCUGGCAAUUAGAUCAUUCGCAAAGGGAUCUCCAUCUACCAUGAACAAGGAGUGGGAAGAGGCUACAAACGAAUACUUGAGAUCUCAAAACUCCGAGCCCAUCAGCGGUCUUUCCUCCGAAGGAUACUCCGGCCCCGGUCAAGUCCAAUCUGCACCCAAGAAGAACUAA